UAAGCCUUUAGUCUUAUUAAACUUUUUUUUGUCUACUUUCAGGAGUCCAGGAUGCUGCUUCCAAAGAAAGAGUCCAAUAAUGGAGUCUCCUUCAGGACCUGCACUGUUUUGCUUUUUAUCUUUCCUCUAAUACAAUCUGUUGGAGCUCAGUCAGAGUUGAUUUGUUCACAUCAACCAAUCGUAGCACUGGCUGGUGAUGAUGUCAUUUUGUCAUGUCACCUUGAACCUGCAGUCAGCGCCAGUUCUGAGAAAGUGGUGUGGACCAAACCUGGUUUGGAGCCAGAGUACAUCCAUGUUCACCAAAAUGAAAGAAUGAUGGAUGAACAUCAAAACCCAUCUUAUCGUUUCCGAACAGCUCUGUUUGUGGAUGAACUAAUUAAAGGAAACGUCUUCCUGAAAAUCUUCAGUGUGAAAAUCUCUGAUGCAGGAAAAUACUUUUGUUUCCUUCAAUCAAUGCAGAAGGAAGCUUCCAUCCAGCUCACUGUUGGUGCUGUCUCCUCGCCCAUCAUACAGGUUGUCUCAGAUAACAGCAGCAGUGUGGUGUUACAGUGUGAGUCUGCAGGCUGGUAUCCAGAGCCUGAGGUGUUUUGGCUGGACGGUGAGGGAAACCUCCUCUCUGCUGGACCUACAGAGACAGUCAGAGGUCCUGAUGACCUCUAUACUGUCAGCAGCAGAGUGACUGUGGAGAAGAGACACAGCAACAGCUUCACCUGUAGAGUCCAACAGAAGGACAUCAACCAGACCAGAGACACUCACAUCCAGGUUACAGCUGGUUUCUUCAAUGAUCAGAAUUGUUGGUAUUGCAUUUGGAGCAUCAUCAUAAGUCUUGGAAUUGCCGUCUUAGUGUUUAUUAUCGCAUGGAUAAAUAGACCGUAACGUGCCAGAGUAGCUGACUGCACUGUCAAUCAAGAUGUGAAGCUCCUGGGCCCAGUGCUCUACAGGAUGUAAAAGUCCCAGCUUCCAGCUUGGCUCACUCUCAUUGCUGCCAGCUCCUUCGCCGUCCUGCUUUGAUUAUCCUUUUGCUUUUACUUUUACUCCACAACAAAUUAUUCCAAAUAAAUGAACACUACUGAUUUCCUAUUUCAACAUAUCACACUAACUUCCUAUCCAUAGGUUUCAUCAUUAUAUUUACUCUUACAACUGCCAUUUAUCCUUUCAUAGAUUUAAGUGUAUUAAAUGUAAAUUAUUGGAAAUAAUACAAAACAACUUUUACCUUUGU